AUAAACAAACGUGAAAAUGUUUAAAUUUAUUUAUUCCCAAUUAAUAAUUACUUUUUAAUUCGAAGAUGAUGUUUUUAAAUUAAUGUUUUUUAUGUGAUAUUUUUAAGCAAAAUGAAGUUCCUUAUAGAUGAACUCGAAGUUCUUUUUCCUUAUGAAUAUAUUUAUCCAGAGCAAUAUGCAUAUAUGGUGGAGCUGAAAAAAGGUAUUGAUGCUAAAGGACACUGUCUUAUUGAGAUGCCUUCUGGAACUGGUAAAACUAUUACGGUGCUCUCUUUAAUAGUUGCAUAUAUGUUAAAAUAUCCAGCAAAACUAACCAAGUUAUUAUAUAGUACAAGAACAUUAUCUGAAAUUGAAAAAGCUGCAGAAGAGUUACGAGUUUUGUGUGAUUAUUACAGUGCAAAUAAUCAAGAUGCCAAAAUUCUUGGUGUAAUUCUUUCAGCACGAAAAAAUCUUUGUAUUCAUCCAUCUGUAGCGGGUGAACAUAAUGGUCGUAUUGUCGAUGCUCGUUGUCAUGCUUUAACUGCACCAUUUGUACGAGCUCGACAUGCUGAUGGUGAAGAUGUAAAUAUAUGUACCUUUUAUGAAAAACUUGAUUCAUUGGGUAAGGAUACUAUAUUACCCCCUAAUAUCUACAAUUUAGAAGAUUUGAAAGAUUUAGGUAAUAAACAAGGUGUAUGUCCAUAUUUUUUAGCAAGACAAACACUUAUACAUGCUAAUGUUGUUAUAUACAGUUACCAUUAUCUCUUAGAUCCAAAAAUUGCUGGUAUUGUCUCAAAAGAUUUCAACAAAAACAGUAUUGUUGUUUUUGAUGAAGCUCAUAAUAUAGAUAAUGUCUGUAUUGACUCUUUGAGCUCUCACAUUACAAGCAUUAAUCUAGAUAAAGCUAUUGAUGGAUUAAAUAAACUUGAUAGUGAAGUUACAGCAAUGAAAGAGAGAGAUACUCAAAGAUUGAAAGAAGAAUACAGAAAAAUGGUGGAGGGGCUUAGAGAAAUUUAUAAGAGCCGUGAAGCUAAUGCUGCUUUAGCAAACCCAAUUGUACCUGACCAGGUAUUAAAAAUCACUGAACUUCCAGGUAGUAUACGUAGUGCUGAACAUUAUAUUGGUUUCAUGAGAAGGUUCAUCAUGUACUUGAAGCUAAGAAUGAAUGCUACAACAGUUGUUCAAGAGACACCCAUAAUGUUUAUUAAAGAUGUGUAUCAAAGAGUUUGUAUAGAUAGAAAACCUUUAAGAUUUUGUACAGAACGAUUGUCUUCUUUAUUAAAAACUCUAGAAAUUUCUGAAAUAGUUGAUUUUUCAUCAUUAAUUACAGUUGCACAAUUUGCUACUUUAGUUUCUACGUACAUGAAAGGCUUUAUGAUUAUAAUUGAACCAUUUGAUGAAAAAUCUUCAACUGAUAGUUGUGUGAUGCAUUUUAGUUGUUUAGAUGCUUCUAUAGCUAUUAAACCUAUUUUAGAUUAUUUCAACACUGUUGUUAUAACAUCAGGAACGUUGUCUCCACUUGAUAUGUAUCCAAAAAUUCUCAACAUUAAUCCAGUGAUAAUGACAUCAUUGACCAUGACUUUGUCCAGGCAAUGCUUUUUACCCAUGGUUGUUGGUAGAGGUAAUGAUCAAGUCGCUUUGACUUCUAAAUGGGAAUCGAGAGAAGAUUCUUCUGUUGCUCGUAAUUAUGGACAUUUACUAUUAGAAAUGGUGAAAGUAGUUCCAGAUGGUGUUGUAUGUUUUUUUCCAUCAUAUCUUUAUAUGAAAUCUGUAGUUGCCGCUUGGUAUGAUCAAGGAAUUAUUGAGAAAAUUUUAGACUACAAAUUAAUCUUUAUUGAAACACAAAAUAUUGUAGUCACAAAUCAUGCAAUAAAGUGUUAUGCAGAAGCUGUAGAAAGAGGAAAAGGUGCAUUAUUACUUUCAGUAGCUAGAGGUAAAGUAUCGGAAGGAAUGGAUUUUGAUCACCAUUAUGGUCGAGCUGUAAUUGUCAUGGGUAUGCCAUAUGUAUAUACGCAAUGUCGUAUAUUAAAAGCACGUAUGGAAUAUUUAUGCAGCCAGUAUCAAAUAUCAGAAGGUGAUUUUUUAACUUUUGAUGCAAUGCGACAUACGGCUCAAUGUGUAGGUCGAGCCAUUAGAGGUAAAAUGGAUUAUGGAAUAAUGGUAUUUGCUGAUAAAAGAUUUGCUAGGCAUGAUAAAAGAACAAAAUUGCCCAAAUGGAUUCAGGCAUAUCUUACAGACAGUGUUUGUAAUUUAACUGUAGAUGAAGCUGCACAAAUAUCAAAACGGUGGUUAAGGUACAUAGCUCAACCAGACCCAAUAGAAAAUCAAUUGGGUAUCUCAUUAUUGGAUGUCAAUGGUCUAAAUAAAACUGAUUUCUUAACAAAAGUAAUACAGAAAUGUUAGUCUGCAAAUGAUUUUUGUUGAAUCUAUUUAUAAUUAAUAUUUCAUAAUUUUAUACAAACUUAUUAAACUGUAUUUAUUUAAAUUUAAUAAAAUCUUUUUUAUUGAAAAAAA